AUGUCGAUACUGGAGAGACUUCUCUAUCUGGGUUUGAUCACUGGUUGCGUGUGCCAGAAACAGGAUGACCAGGUCAUGUUUCUUGCAGGUCCUAUGACCAAGGAACAAGUAAAAGGGUCCGUUUUGGACGCAUUCGACUGCAGUUAUCCCAUACCUCUUGGCGCUCAACAGCACUUUGAGUCCCUCCAGAGCAGAGGGUUGACCCACUUCAAAGUGCCGCUGUCAUGGGUUCAACUUCUUCCUACGGGCUUCCCCGGAAACCCGCAGCAGGCCGUGGUGUCCUGCUACCACACCCUGAUGAAACAGCUUCUGGAUGUGGGCCUUCAGCCUCUGGUGGUCCUGCAUGGAUCCACAGUGCCAGACUCUCUGAGAUCGAGGUAUGGAGGCUGGGAGAGCCCGGAGCUGGGGGACAUGUUUAGGCAGUAUGCAGAGUUUGUGUUUGGAGAAUUUGGAGACCUAUCAGAGUCCUGGGUGACACUGAGCAGCUUGGAGGAGCUGAUGGAUGCUGAGCUGCAAAACGCUCUUGAUGCACACAAUAGUAUCUACCGCCAUUAUCACCAACUGUUUCCAGGGCGAGAUGGAGGAAUAUCAGUUGGGAUAAAGGCCAGUAAAGUCCCAAUCAUCAGUGACACUCAACUCCUGAAAUAUACAGAUUUUCUUUCCAUUAAAAUUCAAUAUGACUGCACUGCUGGACAAAACCUGGCUGAGGAACUGAAAAGUGAUUUGGGAAAGUGUGGAGACAAACCCAUUUUGUUUUAUGAGGUGGACCUCAUGGACUGUUCUUCAUAUCAGUUCCCCUCAGAUACCAACAUGUUAAAAGCGCUGAGCAAUGGAGGUCAAAAUGUUCUUGGAUUUGACAUGGUAGAUACGUUACGUCCAGCUUACCGCACCCCAACACGUCAUCAAAGUGACAGAAGUCAUCUUCAAACAUUGUCCUGUUCCAUGACCUACUGCAAAACCUGGAGUGAUUUUGUCACCAUGACUUCUACUGAGCGAGAUACUUUCUUGAACGAGUCCUUUCCUGUUGACUUCCAAUGGGCCACCUCCAGUGAGUCUUUCAAGGUUGAGGGAGGCUGGGCUGAAGAUGGGAAGGGAGAGACGAUUUGGGACCAUUUUGGUCAUGAGGGCCUAGCCUUUGCAAAUCAGACCGCUGAUCUGGCUUGUGACAGUUUCCACAAAGUGGAUUUUGAUGUCUACCUCCUGCGAGGUCUUAAUGUUAACACCUACCAGUUUUCCAUCUCUUGGGCACGCAUUUUUCCCUCGGGCCACCAGGGCAUUCAUUCUGAGAAAGGUGCUCUCUACUAUGACAAGCUGAUCAAUGCACUCAUUGAUUCUGGCAUAAAACCUGUUGUCACGCUUUACCACUGGGAUCUGCCCCAGGCACUCCAGGACUACGGUGGAUGGACCAACGCUUCCAUUGUUGAAGCCUUCAAGGUCUACACAGACUUCUGCUUCUCCAGGUUUGGAGACAGAGUCAAGACCUGGAACACUUUCAGUAGCCCCUGGGUGGUGAGCCAUGCUGGGUAUGGCACUGGUGAGCAUGCCCCUGGAGUAAAAGACUACGUGGUGGCCUCCUACCAGGCGACUCACAACAUGAUCAAAUCCCAUGCUGAGGCCUGGCAUGUCUACAAUGAGAAGUACAGGAAGACACAAGGAGGCACAGUGGGCAUUGCAUUGAACUCUGACUGGGCUGAACCUGUGGACCCCUCCAGACCAGAAGACAUUGCAGCAGCAGAUCGCUACCUGCAGUUCAUGCUGGGCUGGUUUGCACAUCCCAUAUUUGUUGAUGGAGAUUACCCUGCAACACUCAAGACUCAGAUUGAACAAAAAAGAAAAGAGUGUCCUCUCUCUGAACCUGCAAUACUCCCGGUUUUCACAGCUGAAGAGAGGAAGAGGAUACAUGGAACAGCUGACUUCUUUGGAUUAAACCAUUAUACCUCCCGGUUAGUCAACAACAGUCUUGGUGGCUGCACCCCUGGUCCUCAAGGGGUUGGCAACUUCCUGGCACAUGUAGAUCCAUCAUGGUCCUCAACAGCUUCUGACUGGAUAUAUUCUGCACCUUGGGGUCUCAGAAGGCUGCUAAACUAUAUUUCCACAGAGUAUGUGAGUGUCACCAAAGUGCCAAUCCACAUUACUGGGAAUGGUAUGCCUACUGAGUACAGUGGGGACAGUCUCAAUGAUAUCAGUAGAAUAGACUACAUGAAGAGUUACAUCAAUGAGGCCCUUAAAGCUAUACAUUUGGAUGGGGUAAAUGUGCAGCGGUUUACUGUCCAGUCACUCAUGGAUGGCUUUGAAGGUCCAGAAGGCUACAGUGAACGUUUUGGGAUGCACCAUGUCAACUUUGACCUGCCUGACAGGCCCAGGACUCCAAAGCAGUCGGCCUACUUUUACUCUUCAGUUAUUGAAAACAAUGGGUUUGCUGCAAAAAAAAAGAUUUCUUAUGCAGCAGACCUGAAAAACACAGACUCAAAACAAAUUUCUUCAAUCCCACCUUCCACUGUUCCAUCCCAAGCCAGUGUUGUCUGGGAGAAAUUCUCUCACCAGUCCAAUUUUCAGAGAAAGCUCUACCACUACGGCACUUUCCCACAAGGCUUCAGUUGGGGAGUAUCAUCUUCGGCCUACCAGAUUGAAGGUGGCUGGAAUGCUGAUGGGAAGGGGCCCAGUGUCUGGGAUACAUUCGCCCAAAAACCUGGCAGUAUUCUUGAUAAUGCCAAUGGAAAUGUUGCCUGUGACAGCUACCACAGACUUGAAGAAGACUUCUACAUGCUGCGAGCUCUGAAGGUGAAGUCGUACAGAUUCUCUUUGUCCUGGUCCAGGAUCUUUCCUGACGGUCACCGUGCAUCUCUGAACCAGAAAGGUGUUGACUACUACAAUAGACUCAUUGACGGCCUCUUAGCAUAUAACAUCACUCCCAUGGUGACACUCUACCACUGGGACCUUCCUGAAGCCUUGCAAACACUUGGUGGCUGGGAAAAUGUAGAGAUGAUUAACGUUUUUAAUGACUUUUGUGACUUCUGCUUUGCCACAUUUGGCAACAGAGUGAAAUUUUGGAUGACCUUCAACCAGCCUCAUACAAUUGCAUGGUCAGGAUAUGGACUUGGACAGGUCCCACCCAAUGUUAAAAAUCCAGGAAUUGCACCAUACAGAGUUGCACACAACCUUAUAAAAGCCCACGCUAAGGCCUACCACACAUAUGAUGAUACAUAUCGUAAAUCCCAAGGUGGUCUUAUAUCCAUUGCCCUUAAUGCUGAUUGGUUUGAACCUAAAGAUGUUAAUGUUCCUCGUGAAGUGGUGGCUGCUGACCGCGCUCUGCAGUUCCAACUGGGUUGGUUUGCACACCCCAUUUUCAAGAAUGGUGACUAUCCUGAUGCCAUGAAAUGGCAAGUUGGAAACAAAAGUGAGCUCCAACGUCUUAUAGAGACAAGACUUCCUUCAUUUACUGAAGAAGAAAAGAUGUUCAUCAAGGGAACUGCUGACAUGUUCUGUGUUAAUCAUUACACCACAAAAAUAGUAAGCCAUGUUACUGCACAGCUUAAACCUCAAUCAUACGAAUAUGACCAGGACUUGUCAGAAGCAGAAGAAAGUGAUUCACCAACUACUGCCAUCGGAAAUCAGAGAGCUGUCGCAUGGGGCUUGAGAAGACUCCUAAACUGGAUCAAAGAGGAGUAUGGAGAUCCGGAGAUUUUUAUUACAGAGAAUGGAGUUGCUACACACUUUAUGAUCACUGUUGAUGACAUCGACAGAGUAUUUUACUACAAAACUUACGUUGAUGAGGCUUUAAAGGCUAAUAAUCUCGAUGGUGUGAAGGUAAAAGGAUACAUAGCAACAGCUCUCAUGGAUUCUUUUGAGUGGCUCAAUGGGUACAAAGUAGGAUUUGGGCUGCACCAUGUGGACUUCACUAACCCAAUCCAACCCAGGACACCAAAACGCUCUGCUCACUAUUAUUAUCAAGUCAUAAAGGACAAUGGCUUUCCAUUACCAGAUGACGAGAAGCUACUGUAUGGAGAGUUUCCAAAGUCCUUUAAGUGGAGUACUGCCAGUGCCUCUUACCAAAUUGAAGGAAGCUGGAGGUCCGAUGGAAAAGGACUGAGUAUCUGGGACAAGUUUGCCCAUACUCCAUUGAAAGUGUCAAACAGUGACAAUGGCGACAUUGCUUGCGAUAGUUACAACAAGAUUGACAAGGAUGUGGAGGUGCUAAAGACGUUGAAGGUGACCCACUAUCGCUUCUCUGUAUCCUGGCCCAGAGUGCUCCCAGAUGGCACCACAAACCACGUCAAUGAAGCUGGAGUGAACUAUUACCAUAGAUUACUGGAUGCCUUGGAAGCUGCUAAUAUUCAGCCCCAGUUGACCCUGUACCACUGGGACCUACCCGAAGCUCUACAGAAAGUGGGGGGCUGGGAGAAUGAAACCAUUGUCGAGAGGUUCAGAGGUUAUGCCGAUCUUUUAUUCAGUCGAUUUGGGCAAAAGGUGAAGUUCUGGAUCACUCUAAAUGAACCCUACAUUGUAGCCAACCUUGGCUACGGAUAUGGUACUUUUGCUCCAGGCAUUUACAAUAGGCAGUAUAUUGCUGCUCACAACCUUAUUAAGGCCCACGCUGAGGCCUGGCAUCUGUACAAUGACAAGUACCGUGCAACACAGAGAGGCCUCAUCUCGAUUACCAUCAACUCUGAUUGGACAGAGCCAAGAAACCCAUAUAAGCAGGAGGAUGUAGAUGCAACCAACCGCUACCUGCAGUUCUUCCUUGGAUGGUUUGCCCAUCCAAUCUUCAGAGGUGACUAUCCUGAGAUAAUGAAAACAGUCAUUCGUGAAAGAAGCCUUGCUGUAGGUCUCCCUGAAUCACGGCUUCCUGAGUUUACACCUGAGGAAAUCAAGAGGAUCAAUGGGACCCAUGAUUACUUUGGCCUCAACCACUACUGCUCAGUUCUUUCAUACCCAGUUGAUUUAGGAAAUCAGCAGGAUUAUGAAGGUGACAGGGGCACUGGAGCCACCCAUGACCGCACCUGGAUUGAAUCUGGCUCCUUCUGGCUCAAAAUUACUCCAUUUGGAUUUAGGAAACUCCUCAAAUUUAUCAAGGAUGAGUAUGGGAACCCACCUAUCUAUGUCACAGAAAAUGGGGUCUCAGAGCGAGGAGAAGUGGACUUGAAUGACGUCCACAGGAAGUAUUAUUAUGAAAACUACAUCAAUCAGGCACUUAAAGCCACUGUUCUGGACGGAGUUGAUCUAAGAGGAUAUACAGCCUGGUCAUUAAUGGACAACCUUGAGUGGGCCGCUGGCUACUCAGAGCGAUUUGGACUUUUCUUUGUGAAUCGCUCCGACCCCACCCUUCCUCGAAUCCCUAAAAACUCAGCUUCUCGCUACACCUCUAUCAUCACCUGCAAUGGCUUCCCAGAUCCAGCUCUCGGGCCUCAUGAGUGUUUGAACCCUGAACCUGAAGUAACAAGUACCUCCGCAGUGACCAUGCCCCACACAACUGCCCCUAUGCUGCCCGUGUCCAUGGUGGAUUUCUUGGGUCUCGAGCUUUCAACUCACAAUGCAGAAGUUGCAAUCUAUGUCCUCUUUGCAUUUCUUCUUGUAAGUGUGAUUGGUGUAGUCUUUGUUGUACAUCGGCUAUGGAAAACCAAAAGUAACUUAAAGAAAGCAGCGGUGGAAUCUGUUAACAUGGAAAGAAUGUGAGGAUAAUUUUGGAGGAAGAGAAAUCCUAUUACCUUCAAAAUAUAAAAGAUUUUGGUAGCUUUUCUGGGUCCAGAUCAUGCACACUGGCAUUGCUGAUUCAUGAAUUAAUGCCCAUCAAUUUUGCGAUAUUUUUUUAAUUAGAAUCUCACAGCAAUGUUGCAAAACUGUUCUUCACAAUUGACCUGUGUUUGAACCACAGCUUUACGACAGCUUACUUAAGGAAAUUAAAAAAAAGGAAAUAAAAAAAAUGAAACCCAACGUGUAUUUAGUUUUUUGCAAAAUAAAAAUAUUAAACUUGUUAUCAAGAAUCAUGAAGUUAAUGGCAAACAUAUUAAACUUAUUUAUUUAUAUGUGAAUAUUUGGGACUUUAGGUAGGGAAAAAAACAUUUUAAAGGCUAUGAACUCUAAUAUAAUAGGUAAUAACAAUCAUUUCUACACUCUUUCUUUUUGCUUUACUGUAACAUUCAGUGAACAUUAAAUAGUCGCAUAAUUUGGUUUGUCUAUUUAGUGUUAUUAUCAUUGCUGCUUUAGUGUUUCCAGUAUUCAUUAAUACAAAUAAAGCAUA